AUGCAGGCACUCCGCAAGAACAUCGACAAUGGUCCGCCUCCAAAGACCUUCGCAGAAGCUUCCGCUUCCGAUGACCCAGUUACUCCGCAUGUCCAUAAAGCCACCAGUCCGUCGACGCAUUUCAUUGCUGGCGCCACCGGUGGCAUGGUUACUGCCCUCCUGACGUCGCCCCUAGAUGUGCUUCGAACUCGUUUACAAUCAGAUUUCUAUCGCUCGCAGACCAAAUCCGCCGUCGCUCCCCCGCCUCAGACCCGAGUGUCUCUACCACGAUCCUUCCUUCUCCAUUUCCGUGAGACCUUUGACAUUCUAUUCACGAUACACCGCGUCGAGGGCUGGCGCAGUCUCUUCAGAGGACUGGGACCCAGUCUGACGGGUGUGGUCCCGGCCACUGCGAUCAAAUUCUACGCGUACGGCAAUUGCAAACGGCUCUACCCUGGCCUGCUGGGAAAGGAUGCCGACUCUACGUCGGUACACGCUCUCUCGGCGGCGACGGCCGGUGUUGUGACCGGUACCGCGACGAAUCCUAUCUGGCUCGUCAAGACCCGGCUUCAACUCGAUAAGUCACACUUGGAAAGCGGUGGGCAACCACGGUACAAGAGCAGCUAUGACUGCGUGAAGCAGGUCGUCAAGCAGGAAGGAUUGAGAGGGUUAUAUCGGGGUCUUGCGGCGAGCUACCUGGGAGUUAUCGAGACCACUCUGCAUCUUGCAUCCUACGAACGAAUGAAGGUCAUGCUCGCGAAUCAGAACAAGCUGCAGAACGAGAAGAAAAACAACGAGCUAUCCCAGGGUUUGAUUCUCAGUGGUGCAGCUGGUCUUUCCAAGCUGAUCGCCGUCUUGAUCGCUUACCCCCACGAGGUACUCCGGACUCGACUACGACAGGCCCCUAUGGCCAACGGCCACCCGAAAUACACCGGGGUGAUGCAAUGCCUCCGAUUGAUGGUUAAAGAAGAAGGAGUUGUCGCCCUUUACGGCGGACUGACGGCGCAUCUGAUCCGCACCGUCCCUUCGGCGGCGAUCACGCUGGGAACAUAUGAGCUGGUACUCAAGCUGCUGAAUUAG